AUGUUACUAGUUUUCUCCAGUUUCCUCGCUGUAGCCGGAAUUGGUUCGUCAUUAGUUCUAAGGGAUUGUGAUGCACCGUUGGGAUUGACCAAUGGAAAAAUCCGAGAUGAUCAACUUAGUGCCUCUUCAUCGUUUGACGCCGAUAGCACCGGUCCACAAAAUGCAAGGGUUCGAACACAUACACGGUCCCGAAUCUAUAAGGAAUGGAUCCAGAUCACGUUCGGAAGAGAUACAGUGUUGACAGCGGUGGAAGUGCAAGGACGCUACGAUGAUGGUCGUGGUAUGGAAUUCGCUCGUGCAUUUAAAAUCGAGUACUGGAGACCGAGUUUACAAGGAUGGGCAUCCUAUAAGAACGAGGACGCUAGUGAAAUUGUUCCCGGCAACAGCGACACACAAACAGCUGAGCUACGAGUGCUCGACGCACCCAUCGUCCUGAGAAGACUUCGAAUUGUCCCACUUUCUAACACUACGCGUACCGUAUGCCUACGAUUAGAGCUCUACGGAUGUCCAUACGAAGAUCCGCUCCAAUCCUACUCGGCACCACCUGGUUCUGCUGGCGACGGGAUCAGUUUUACCGAUUCCUCUUAUGACGGCACCUUGUCGAACCACGUAGCUACUGGUGGUCUUGGAAGACUCAGCGAUGGUGUUAUCGGUGAAGACACUGAAGAUUUGUAUCCACAUCGAUGGGUGGGAUGGAGGAAACAGUCAGGUGAAGGAGGCCACAUCAAUAUACUGUUCACGUUUUCCGAACCAAGAAAUUUCACUUCCAUUCACAUCCAUACCCUAUUCUCAAAUAAGUUAAAUGCACAGGGAUUCUCUAGGAUAAUCGUUUCGUUCUCAACCAACGAGGCAGAUUUUUCAUCACGCGUUUUCGAGUACGUACCUCAACAGCUCACAUCGACGUCGUGGAUUCAUGUGCCUAUUCCGUCUCGGAUCGCGACCACUAUCCAGCUUCGAUUUUAUUUCCCCUUGGGAUCCACAUGGUUGCUGCUGUCUGAAGUUCGUUUUGUGAGCACUGAAGUCCGAUUCGAUCUGUUACAAUUUGUGGACGACGACCGUUCCGGAGCCAUCACAUAUUUUUCCGUGGACGAGUCGGAUAGCGAAGGGAGGAUUGGAUCCAUGGUGUUACUGUGUCUGUUCAUCCUCACACUUACCUUCCCGAUUACGGUAUUCUGCUUGUACCGUAAACGAUACAAGAUUAGAAUGACAUCGCCGCCUCAUCACGAAGCGCAUCUCACCUUUGAUGGCAGCGUAUUUAAGGCGGUCUCACCUUCAACGUAUCAAAUGGCUCGAGAUAAUAUGGAGAAUGCUCUGUUGGAAAAAUGUCCGAUGAUAGUGAUUGCUUCCGAAUAUGCGGAGCCAGAUUUCUCCUGCUCAAAAGACAAAUCUUCACUGGAGCCGUUGCUUCCAUCGUUUCAUAACCAUGCGAUGGAGGUUUCACAUUACGCGGAGUCUGUCAUUCCCGCCUCAUUUCUUAGGAAUCCACUAUCUUCUACCGUGAAAUAUUCCGAUUACGGUGAAGUCUACUGUACUACUCUACCGGAGAUUAACAGAAAUCAAUUGAUAUUUGUGGAAAAAAUUGGACAAGGAGAAUUUGGCGAGGUGCAUCGAUGCCUGCUGGAAAAUCGUCAAGUGGCGGUGAAACGUCUUCACAACACUUCUCCGGAAGAAGAGAAUGCUUUCCUUCGAGAGAUUAGGGUUUUAGGAAAUCUCAAACAUCCGAACGUUGUCGAAGUGAUUGGUGUCUCAACAAUCGAUAAGCCAAUGAUUUGUAUCAUGGAAUUUAUGGCCGGUGGUGAUCUCAAAUCGUUCAUGAGUAAGCUGGAGGAUAUUGACACCUUGUACUGUAUUUCUGUGGCGACACAAUUAGCCGCUGGGCUCGCAUACCUGGAAUCAUGCCAUUUCGUCCACAGAGACAUCGCUGCUCGGAACUGCCUCGUUGAUGCCGAGGGAAAUGUGAAAAUCGCGGAUUUUGGAAUGGCUCGAAGUUUGUACUCGAAUGAGUACUACCGUGUUGAAGGACAAUUUGUGUUGCCUAUUCGUUGGAUGGCAUGGGAAAGCUUGUUACUGGGAAAAUUCUCCAUACACAGUGAUGUUUGGUCAUUUGGAGUGACGCUAUGGGAAAUCUUCUCCAGAUGCCGUGAGAAACCGUUCAGUUCAUUAAGCGACGACGAGGUGCUCGAGAAUAUUCAAUACAUGAGCAAUCAUGCAACGAUGAAGUAUCAUCUGGAGAGGCCAACGCUGUGCCCAACGAGUGUCUUCACGAACGUGAUCGUCCCGUGUUGGCUAUACGAACCACAAGAUCGACCGUCUUUCGAAGCUUUACACCUCCAAUUGCAGGUGCUUAUCCAUACAAAAAUGCCCUAG